AUGGAGGACAACAGCGCAGACCAAGUGAAGCGAUUGAUGCAGAAAAUCGCUGCAAUUCUCGACGAGGCUCGAACCUCUUACGCCACGCACAACCGAAAGCUCAAGGAACUAUCGCUCCUCCGAUCCAAAUCCGAUUCCCCGUCGCACUUCUUCUCCGCCUUCUCCAAAACCGUAACUCCUCUCUUCGACUUCCAGAGGCGUCUCGCCUCCGCAGACCGCGUCGUCUCCUUCGUCUCCGCCUUCUUCCUUGAGCACUUCCUUAGGUUCCUCCUGGUUGCCGCCGCGGCAGCCAACAAAACUGCCAGGUUCCGAGCUUGCCAGAUCGUCUCCGAGGUACGAAUUCUCCGAAUUGUCCGAGUAAUCUCUACCUAAUUGUGGUGUCUAGUGAUUGUUUGGAAUGAAAGUUUUCGACAAUUGGUUGAAUUGUAGAUAAUAUUGCGGCUGCCAGAUGAUGCAGAAGUGAGCAAUGACCUAUGGGAUGAGGUGAUAGAGUGCAUGAUGGUGAGGGUACGAGACAAGAUUCCUGUGGUGCGUACUUUUGCAGUUAGAGCGCUUUCGCGCUUUGUGAAUGACUCUGUGAAUAGUGACAUUCUUUAUUUUUUCCUCGAGAUGCUUCCCUUGGAACAGAAUGCGGACGUUCGUAAGAUGAUUGUGUUAUCUUUGCCUCCUUCUAGUGCAACCUCUCAAGUUAUCAUUGAUUGUACCUUGGAUGUAAGUGAAUCUGUACGCAAAGCAGCAUACUGUGUUCUAGCCAAUAAAUUUCCUCUUCAAAGCUUAAGCAUUAAACUUAGAACAGUAAUUCUUCGGAGAGGACUUGCUGACCGAUCUGUUGCUGUCUCAAAGGAAUGUUUUAAACUAUUGAAAGAUGAAUGGCUUAUAAAAUGUUGUAAUGGUGAUCCUUUAGAACUUUUGAAGUAUCUUGAUGUUGAAACAUAUGAAUCAGUGAGUGAGUCUGUCAUGGAAGCACUUCUUAAAGCUGAUUUGGUAAAGCUACAGAAUGAUGCAAGUAUCCAGCAGUAUAUAUCAUCAAAUGGUGACACGACAGAAGGGGACUCAGUGCAUUGCCCACCAAGUAUUCAGCUACUGGAAGCAGAGGCAGCUCUUUAUUGGAGAACUGUUUGCAAACAUUUACAGUCAGAAGCACACGCCAAAGGCUCUGAUGCUGCAGCAACAACGGGCACCGAAGCAGAAGUAUAUGCAACAGAAGCAUCGGAUAAAAAUGACCUUCUAGAAAAAAUUCUUCCUGCCACUGUUGAUGAAUAUAUAGAGUUAGUCAGAGCUCAUAUCAAAGCUGGAUCAAAUCAUCGCUUUGCAUGCCGGCAGCUGCUUUUACUUGGUGCCAUGUUUGAUUUUUCUGAUGCUACAAAUAGAAAGGUUGCCAGUACAUUUCUGCAUGAGCUAAUGUGCAAGCCUCCUGAGUAUGAGGAUGACAAUGAAGGUAAUAUAGUUAUCCUUGGAGAUGGAUUAAGUUUUGGUGGAGACAGUGAUUGGGCUGAAGCUGUAGCCAGUUUGGCUAGGAAGGUCCAUGCUGCUCCUGGUGAAUUUGAAGGAGUUGUUCUCGCAAUCAUAGAAGAGCUAGCUCAACCUUGCAGGGAGAGAACAGCAAAUUAUGUGCAGUGGAUGCACAGCCUUUCUCUUACUGGCCUUUUGCUGAAAAAUGCAAAAUCACUGUGCUUUCUUCAGGGCAAGGCUAUUGAACCAGAUGAGCUACUCCAGUCUUUACUACUUCCUGGGGCGAAACAAUCUCACUUGGAUGUGCAAAGGAUUGCCGUCAGAUGCCUUGGCCUAUUUGGACUUUUGGAGAGAAAACCAAGUGCAGAACUUUUGAAACAGCUGAGGAUUUCAUAUAUUAAGGGGCCACAUUCAAUCAGUAUAGAGGCUUGUAAAGCAUUAGUUGAUCUUGUGAUGUGGCAUGGUCCUCCAGAAGUUGAUAAGGUGUCAAAGCACAAUAUUCCAUGCGAAAUAAACAGUGAGAAGACGACUUUUUGUCCUGUGAACUUCUCUGAUUCAGAAGGAGAUCCGGAUGUUGAGACCCUUGAUAUCUUGUAUGGUGGCUUUGAAAAUGAUGACUGGGCGAGUCCUUUAACCAGCAAUGAAGGCGAGUGCGUUUAUGGUGUGCUUGGAGAGGGGUUUGCGAAAAUUCUUCUCCUAAGUGACAAAUAUCCCAGCAUACCAGCUUCUUUGCAUCCUGUGCUUUUAUCAAAGCUCAUUUACUUGUACUUCAGUGACGUGUCGGAACACUUGCACAGGUGGUUAAAGCAAUGCUUGUCGGUUUUCUUUGAGCUUUACCCAUGUCUCUCAACCAAUCAUAAGGCAAGCAUCUCUGAUAUUAUAUUUGCUCGUUGCAUAUCAAAGGCUUUCAUUCCAGUAAUGCGUUCAAUGUGGCCAGGAAUUUUCGGCAAUUCUGCGGGUUCUUCUUUUAUGGUGUCUCAGAUGCGCAAGCGUGCUGUUCAAGCUUCCCGUUUUAUGCUGCAGAUGGUGCAGAUUCCUUUAUACGUUAAAGGGACUCAGCCAGAGAGUGAAAAUAGUAGCACGGAACAUCCACAAGUCAUAGAUAGUUGCGCAGAAGUUCCAUUUGAGUGUGGGGAGGAGGGGCUUGCACUACGCAUAGCCGUAGAGAUGGCAAAUUUUCAAUCGAAGAAGACAGCAGCUGAGAAGUCAUAUGUAUCGGCAUUAUGUAGAAUACUUGUUCUGCUUCAAUUUCGGUUAUCUGAACAAGGACCAAUAAAAUUUAUGAGGAGGCUUUUAUAUCGCGUGGUUGAAUGUGUAUCUUCGGAGAAGGAUCUUGUUAAAGAAUUGAAACGGAUGGCUGAACAUCUCACGACACUAGAUAGACAACCGGAUCAGGAAUUGUUGCAAGAUGAAAUUAUUCUCAUUUUGGGGAAAUUGGAACUUGACUGCAACGUGGAUUUGGAUGGUUCUGUUGCAAUGCUACAAACACCAGCUGUACACCCAACUAGACCCUCACGUUCUAGGAGAAGGGUAAGGAUUGAGGAAGGCAGUUCUGAUGAAUCUUCACCUUCUGUGGUUCCUUCCACCCAUCAUACUGUAAAAAGUCGCUCACAAAGAGCUAGCAAAACUGCAGCAAUGAACAAGAUGUCUUCUGCUCGUAGACCGCUCAAAAUUGAUGAAAUUGAAGACCAAGAGGAAGAAAACUCUGAUGUGACAUCUGAAGAUUCUGACGAAUCCGAUCAGUACAGUUAAAUAUGUACUCAAUGAUACAUCUAAUGGCCAUUGCUUUGUUAACCCUAUGUUGUAUUGUUUGAUAACAUAGAUUGCAGGUUCUGUACAGAAGAGAGCAUCAAUAGUUCAGCUUGCAUUUGCUUGUAAGUCAUAGGUUUUACUGUAAAAGUAUUGC